GGGAAGAGAAAGGCCGCGACGUGAGCGCGCGACCCCAGCCGCCAUUUUGUUUUGGAACGAGCCAAGGAGGUGCCAUGUUUCAGAACGGAGUGAGAACACUGGGAAAAAACAGCUGAAGACAUAGCAAAAAUUGAGACAUACGCUAACUGGAAAAAAUUAACCUGUCUCUGAGGUGACUAAAGGGGAAUAAUGGUGAUUUUGCGCCGGGCUCGGCCGCCUGCUUCCGCCCCAACCAGCAAUGAAUCUUGACUCGCUCUCGCUGGCCUUGUCUCAAAUCAGCUACCUGGUGGACAAUUUAACCAAGAAAAACUACCGAGCCAGCCAGCAAGAAAUACAACAUAUUGUGAAUCGGCACGGCCCCGAGGCAGACAGGCAUUUACUACGCUGCCUAUUCUCGCACGUGGAUUUCAGUGGCGAUGGUAAAAGUAGCGGCAAAGAUUUCCAUCAGACUCAGUUUCUGAUCCAGGAGUGCGCGUCACUGAUUACGAAACCAAACUUUAUUUCGACACUGUCCUAUGCUAUUGAAAACCCUUUGCACUAUCAGAAGAGUCUUAAGCCAUCACCUCAUCUAUUCACUCAGCUAAGCAAAGUUAUCAAAUUAAGCAAGGUUCAAGAGGUCAUUUUUGGUCUUGCGUUGCUGAACUCUUUCAAUCCAGAUCUACGAGGUUUUGCGGCUCAGUUUAUUAAACAGAAGCUUCCGGAUCUUCUGCGUUCAUACAUUGACGCAGACGUUGGUGGAAAUCAAGAAGGUGGCUUCCAGGACAUCGCAAUAGAGAUCUUGCACCUCCUCCUUUCCCAUCUUCUUUUUGGGCAGAAGGGAGCCUUUGGGGUUGGACAAGAACAGAUUGACGCUUUUCUCAAAACCUUACGUAGAGAUUUUCCCCAGGAACGCUGCCCUGUGGUGCUUGCACCACUCCUCUACCCUGAAAAACGGGACAUUCUAAUGGACAGGAUCCUGCCUGAUUCUGGAGGGAUUGCAAAAACAAUGAUGGAGAGUUCUCUUGCAGACUUCAUGCAGGAAGUUGGCUAUGGUUUUUGUGCAAGCGUGGAAGAAUGUCGCAACAUCAUCACUCAGUUUGGUGUCGGGGAGGUUACAGCUGCCCAGGUGGCCAGGGUUUUGGGAAUGAUGGCUCGAACGCACUCAGGAUUGGCAGAUGGUAUUCCAUUACAGUCCAUCUCAGCUCCUGGUAGUGGAAUUUGGAGUGAUGGAAGAGAUAAAAAUGAUGGAACGCAGACUCAUUCGUGGAAUGUAGAGGUUCUGAUUGAUGUGCUUAAAGAACUGAACCCAAGUUUGAACUUCAAGGAAGUAACCUAUGAACUAGAUCACCCUGGAUUUCAAGUUCGUGAUAGUAAAGGCUUGCAGAUUGUGGUGUAUGGUGUCCAGAGAGGGCUAGGACUUGAAGUCUUUCCAGUUGACCUCAUCUACAGACCUUGGAAACAUGCAGAAGGCCAGCUCUCAUUCAUCCAACAUUCCCUCAUUAACCCGGAGAUCUUCUGUUUUGCUGACUACCCCUGUCAUACCGUUGCCACAGAUAUCUUGAAAGCACCACCUGAGGAUGACAAUCGAGAAAUUGCCACAUGGAAGAGCCUGGACUUGAUAGAGUCAUUGUUGCGGUUGGCAGAGGUGGGACAGUAUGAACAGGUCAAGCAGCUCUUCAGCUUCCCUAUCAAGCACUGUCCAGAUAUGUUGGUAUUGGCCUUACUUCAGAUCAACACUUCCUGGCACACUUUGCGGCAUGAACUAAUCUCCACACUAAUGCCCAUUUUCCUUGGCAACCAUCCUAAUUCUGCCAUCAUCUUGCAUUAUGCAUGGCAUGGACAGGGCCAGUCUCCUUCAAUUCGCCAACUCAUCAUGCAUGCAAUGGCGGAAUGGUAUAUGAGAGGGGAGCAGUAUGAUCAGGCCAAAUUAUCACGUAUCCUAGAUGUUGCCCAAGACUUGAAGGCGUUGUCAAUGCUGCUAAAUGGUACUCCAUUUGCCUUUGUUAUUGACCUUGCUGCACUUGCCUCUCGACGGGAAUACCUCAAACUAGACAAAUGGCUCACAGAUAAAAUUCGAGAGCAUGGGGAACCCUUCAUCCAAGCCUGUAUGACUUUCCUAAAAAGAAGAUGCCCUUCUAUCUUGGGUGGCCUUGUCCCAGAGAAAGACCAGCCAAAAAGCGCUCAGCUUCCUCCAGAGACGUUGGCAACUAUGUUGGCUUGCUUGCAAGCUUGUGCAGGAAGUGUCUCACAAGAGCUGUCGGAAACUAUUCUCACCAUGGUAGCCAACUGCAGUAACGUCAUGAACAAAGCUAGGCAACCACCACCUGGAGUUAUGCCCAAAGGACGUCCACCCAGUGCUAGCAGUCUGGAUGCCAUCUCUCCUGUACAGAUCGACCCGCUUGCUGGGAUGGCAUCUCUUAGUUUAGGUGGUUCAGCGGUCCCUCAUACCCAGAGUAUGCCUGGUUUUCCUCCAAACCUGGGUUCAGCCUUUAGUACUCCUCAGUCACCAGCAAAAGCAUUUCCUCCGCUUUCUACGCAAAACCAGAACACACCUUUUAGUGGAAUUGGUGGACUCUCAUCACAGCUUCCAGUUGGUGGUCUUACAACAAGUAGUCUGGGUAUAGGAACUGGGGCCCUCAGCCUCCCUGCGGUGAAUAAUGACCCCUUUGUGCCAAGGAAACUGAGCACAUCAGGACUGAACCAGCCUACAUUCCAGCAGAGUAAGAUGAAACCUUCUGACUUAUCUCAGGUAUGGCCAGAGGCAAAUCAGCACUUUAGCAAAGAAAUUGAUGAUGAAGCCAACAGUUAUUUUCAGCGAAUUUAUAAUCACCCUCCACAUCCAACUAUGUCUGUAGAUGAGGUGUUAGAAAUGCUACAGAGGUUUAAAGACUCCAACAUUAAACGGGAACGUGAAGUAUUUAACUGUAUGCUGAGGAACUUGUUUGAGGAGUAUCGCUUUUUCCCCCAGUACCCAGAUAAAGAGCUACACAUAACAGCCUGCCUGUUUGGUGGGAUAAUAGAGAAAGGACUGGUUACCUAUAUGGCCCUGGGCCUGGCCUUGCGCUAUGUUCUUGAAGCCUUACGAAAGCCUUUUGCAUCCAAAAUGUAUUAUUUUGGUAUUGCUGCACUAGAUAGAUUUAAAAAUAGAUUGAAGGACUAUCCCCAGUAUUGUCAGCACUUGGCUUCUAUUAGUCACUUUAUACAGUUCCCUCAUCACCUGCAGGAGUACAUUGAAUAUGGACAGCAAUCAAGAGAUCCUCCUGUGAAGAUGCAGGGUUCAAUCACCACCCCUGGAAGUAUUGCACUUGCCCAAGCUCAGGCCCAGGCUCAGGCUCCAGCAAAAACUCCUCUUGCUGGUCAAGUUAGCACUAUAGUAACCACAUCCACCACAACCACUACUGUGGCCAAGACCACAAUCACUCCAGUGGGCCGAGUCAGCUUCAAGAAGGAUGUGCCGCCAUCAAUUAAUACAACCAACAUUGAUACCCUGCUGGUGGCCACGGAUCAGACAGAGAGAAUUGUGGAACCCCCUGAAAAUGUACAGGAGAAGAUUGCCUUUAUCUUCAACAACCUGUCUCAAUCCAAUAUGACUCAGAAGGUUGAAGAGCUGAAGGAAACAGUGAAAGAAGAGUUCAUGCCUUGGGUUUCACAGUAUCUCGUGAUGAAGAGAGUUAGUAUUGAGCCGAACUUCCACAGCCUCUAUUCAAAUUUCCUUGACACCCUUAAGAAUCCAGAAUUCAACAAAAUGGUUCUCAAUGAAACCUACAGAAAUAUCAAGGUACUGCUUACAUCUGAUAAAGCUGCUGCCAACUUCUCAGACCGUUCUCUGCUGAAGAACUUGGGUCACUGGUUGGGGAUGAUCACGCUGGCGAAGAACAAGCCCAUCUUGCACACG